AUGUCUGCGCAUCUGCAAUGGAUGGUCGUUCGGAACUGCUCCAGUUUCCUGAUCAAGAGGGAUAAGCAGACGUACAGCACCGAACCCAAUAAUCUGAAAGCCCGCAACUCCUUCCUUUACAACGGGCUGAUUCACCGCAAGACAGUGGGAGUUGAGCCUGCGGCCGACGGCAAAGGGGUCGUGGUGGUCAUGAAACGCAGAUCCGGUCAGCGCAAACCAGCUACUUCUUACGUAAGGACCACCAUCAAGAAUGCACGGGCCACCCUGAGCAGCAUCAGGCACAUGAUCCGAAAGAACAAGUACCGCCCCGAUCUGCGCAUGACGGCCAUCCGCAGGGCCAGUGCCAACCUACGAAGCCAGAAGCCUGUGGUGGUGAAGAGGAAAUGGACCCGUCCCACCAAGAGCUCCUGAGCCCUACACCCCAGAAGCAAUAAAGAGUCUACUGACUUUUUCAA